AAAGGGACAGGAGUUGCUGUUAUCGUAGCAGGCUGACUUCAGUUAUCACAAAACGCCAGCGGGUUGAAAGAAUGGAUCCUUGUGACUGCUCCGAGACUGGAAACUGCAACUGCGGAGGAUCCUGCACUUGUAAGAACUGUUCCUGCACUAGCUGCAAGAAGAGUUGUUGUUCUUGCUGUCCAUCUGAAUGCAGCAAGUGCGCCUCUGGGUGUGUGUGCAAAGGGAAGACUUGUGACACCAGCUGCUGUCAAUGAAGCCUUGCUUAACUAUGUCCUGAUUUAUUAUGAUGGAACUGUAACCUAUGCUGCAUUUUUGUUUUGUACUACUAAUAAAUGAU